CUUGCCCGUCCCGCCCCCUCGGCGGCCGCGCUCCUUCUCCAGCUGCCGGCUCGCCGCCCGCCGGGUUCCCGCGGCCGAGAGCGGGAGAAAGUCCUGCUGGUGGGCGGCCGCGGGGCUGCGCGUGUCCGGCAUCCCGGGGCCGCUCCGGCCAGGGCGGCGAGGGGGCCCGGCGGUCCAUGCAUCCGCCGCCUCCUGCCGCCGCCUCUGCGAUGGAUUUCAGUCAGAACAGCCUGUUCGGCUACAUGGAGGACCUGCAGGAGCUCACGAUCAUCGAGAGGCCGGUCCGCCGGAGCCUCAAGACACCAGAAGAAAUAGAAAGAUUGACAGUUGAUGAAGACCUCAGUGAUAUUGAAAGGGCUGUUUAUCUGCUCAGUGCUGGUCAAGAUAUCCAAGGAACAAGUGUGAUUGCAAAUCUUCCGUAUUUGAUGCGACAGAAUCCUGCUGAGACACUGCGGAGAGUCUUGCCAAAAGUUAGAGAAGUCCUGCAUGUUGCAGGAGUGGAAAUGCAGUUAACGGCCGCGGUGUCAUUUUUGACCAUUCUACAGGAAGAUUCAGUGUCAAUUCAUACUUACGCCCACUCCUUCCUCCAAGUCAUUCUACUACAUCUGGAACACAGGGAUGCAGGGGUCAGCAAUGCAUGGCUGGAAACUCUUCUGUUUGUGAUAGAAGUAUUGCCCAAAGAAACCCUAAGACAUGAGAUUUUGAACCCACUUGUUUCCAAGGCACAGCUUUCCCAAACAGUCCAGUCUCGUUUAGUUAGUUGUAAAAUUUUAGGAAAAUUGACCAACAAAUUUGAUGCCCAUAUCAUUAAAAGAGAAAUACUUCCCUUAGUCAAAUCGCUCUGUCAAGAUGUAGAAUAUGAAGUUCGAUCUUGUAUGUGUCGGCAAUUAGAAAAUAUAGCUCAGGGCAUUGGGACAGAACUUACAAAAAGCGUGGUGCUCCCUGAAUUAAUAGAACUCUCUAGGGAUGAAAGCAGCAGUGUGCGGCUUGCAGCAUUUGAAACUUUGGUUAAUCUGCUUGACAUAUUUGAUACAGAUGACAGAAGUCAAACUAUACUUCCCUUAGUGAAAUCAUUUUGUGAAAAAUCUUUCAAAGCAGAUGAAUCAAUUCUCAUUUCCUUAUCGUUCCAUUUAGGAAAACUAUGCCAUGGCCUAUACGGAAUUUUUACUCCCGAUCAACACUUGAGAUUUUUGGAGUUUUAUAAGAAACUUUGUACAUUGGGUUUGCAACAAGAAAAUGGACACAGUGAAAACCAGUUUCCUUCCCAGAUUCUAGAGCAGGAGAAGAAAUAUAUUUCAGUGAGGAAGAACUGUGCUUAUAACUUUCCGGCCAUGAUUGUUUUUGUUGAUCCUAAAAACUUCCACAUGGAACUCUAUUCUACAUUCUUCUGCCUUUGUCAUGACCCUGAAGUACCAGUCAGAUACACUAUUGCUAUUUGCUUUUAUGAAGUGUCUAAACUUCUGAAUUCUGGAGUAUAUUUAAUACAUAAAGAACUAAUAACAUUAUUACAAGACGAAUCACUGGAGGUACUAGAUGCUCUUAUAGAUCAUCUUCCAGAAAUCCUGGAACUUAUGUCUGCGGGUGGAGAAAGCAGUGCCCAAGACAGUAAGUUUUCAUCUCUGCCUGACUUGAUUCCAGCACUCACAGCCGCUGAACAGCGAGCUGCAGCCUCUCUGAAAUGGAGAACUCAUGAGAAGCUACUACAGAAAUAUGCCUGUCUGCCACAUGUCAUAUCAAGUGACCAGAUUUAUUACCGUUUCUUACAAAGAAUGUUCACAAUCAUGAUGACAAAUAAUGUCUUACCUGUCCAAAAGGCAGCUUCACGAACUCUAUGCAUUUUUCUACGUUAUAAUCGUAAACAAGAGCAGAGAUAUGAGGUCAUUCAAAAAUUAAUUGAACAACUAGGCCAAGGAAAAAGUUAUUGGAAUAGACUUCGAUUUUUGGAUACCUGUGAAUUUAUCAUAGAGAUCUUUUCCAAAUCAUUUUUCUGUAAAUAUUUCUUUCUACCUGCUAUUGAACUGACACAUGAUCCAGUAGCGAAUGUGAGAAUGAAACUUUGCUACUUGUUGCCCAAAGUGAAAUCUACUCUGAAGAUCCCUGCAGAUAAGCAUCUACUUCAGCAGUUAGAAAUGUGUGUGAGAAAACUCCUAUGUCAAGAAAAAGAUAAAGACGUUCUGGCCAUUGUAAAAAGAACUGUGUUAGAAUUGGACAGAAUGGAAAUGUCUAUGGAUGCUUUUCAGAAAAAGUUUUAUGAAAAAGAUUUGUUGGAUCAAGAGAAAGAAAGAGAAGAACUACUUCUUUUGGAAAUGGAACAAUUAGAGAAAGAUAAGCAACAAAAUGAUGGAAGGCCCAUGAGUGAUAAAACCUUUGAAAAGAAACGUAGAGACACCAAGACACCAACUCUGCCCAAGAGCGUCUCCAUUUCUGUUCCUGGACCCUCUUCUGGCACCACAUCAACAAGCAAAGAAAUCAAGAAAUCCAAAUUGAUUCGAAGCCAGUCUUUCAAUAAUCAAGCUUUUCAUGCAAAAUAUGGCAACUUAGACAAGUGUGCUAGUAAAAGUUCUGUAGGAGCAUAUACACCUUCUGUCUCAGGGUUAACGAAGACUUGUAUGAUUUCACUAACUGAUGAUUCAUUCCGGACUCGUAAUGCCAGUAGUGCUGCAACUUCCUUUUCUCCUAAUACUCCCCUACCAAGCACCUCCCGUGGGACAAGUAACUCAGUCGAUCCAAAGAGCAGUGGAAGUAAAGAUGUACAACCACGUAAGGCCACCUUAAAAUCCAAUCCUUAAAUCAUCUGCUUGAUAAAGGAGGCAAAACAAGACUACUGGAGACAAUGUGAUUGAUGGACAAAAGCUAAAGCAAUGGCUGGGGCCUUUUUUUUUUUUUAAAUGAAUGCAAAAGAGAUAUAUAAUGGCAGCUGAUGUUGCUAAACGUUCCAUAUUUGAAAUUAGAUUCCCUAGGAGUUAUAAUACAUAUUUCUCAAAUAAUAAUGUGGUUACCGAACUCCAAUGUUAUAGUGAAAUGUAAUGAAAAACAACUUUAGGUAUGUGCUUUACUGCUGAAGAGACAAGUCUGCGUUUGUUUGUGCAGGAAACCAUCUAUUUAAUUGUUAUAGAGUUUUAGCAUUUAAAAAUUAUACAUCCAAAUCAACUGAAAUUGCCCUCGCUACAUAAUCACUUGCAGGGGGACUUGGGAGUAAGAAAGACAUUGCAUUCUCUCAUGAAGCUCCAAGCCCAAUUGAAAAGUCACAUCGAGAAGGAUACAAACAGCUGUCCCCAAUUUUAUCAGUCCAAUCGUGGUGAUGAUAUGUUAUACCUGGACAUUCCGAAAUUGAAAUUUGGCAGUGAAAAUUCCACAAAGAUUUCUGAUAACUUUUAGCCAGAGCUACCUUAAAAAUAAUAGAUUGAUGAUUUCCUUUAUUUCCCAGAAGAAUUUAUUUUAUAAAUACUUUGUUUAUAUUUUAGGUUGUAUUUGUUCUUAAUUAAAAAUGAUCACUCUAGUUCAAAUCAGCUGUUAGUCCAAGCUAUCAUGCUUAAGCUAUGUCAACAGCAUUUAUUUGUACUAAUGCUUAAUAUUUCCAUCAAAAUUUGCCUGUGGAACAUAUACGGUUAUUAAUUUUAAAAUGUCAGUUCUCGAGAUAUACUGUAUGAAGCUAUUGUCAGCUUCUCUAUUUCAAAAUGCAAUCAACAUAUAACUAUAUUGAUAUUAGAAAAUACUUGUUUUUUAAAAUAUAUUGAUGUAUGAUAAAGAUGAUCUAAGUUGUGAAUGCAUAUGCGUGUGUGGUUACUUUUUAUAAUGUGAAAUAAUGAAUAAUGAAUUUACUCGAAAAUAAAACAUAGGUUAAUGAGAUACCUGUGUUUGUGAAAAAGUUUUAAACACUUUCCUGCAGUUUUUAUUCUAUAAUUAAAGCGUAAGACCAUUCACUUUUAAGUAAUGAAUCGAAGCACACCGACGUGAACUAUAAAUGACUCAGGACAGCGACUCAGCAUGAAAGUUCCACGCCAUCUGUUCCCCCUUUGCCCGACAAUCGGCCUCUUUGGGGCUCUUUUGAAUGAUUCUUACUAUCUUUCAUUUAAGGACAGUCAGGUAAAUGUAAUUGUUCACCACUCAUUUUGUCAGUAAUUAACAGUCGAGUGGGUAUAGAAGCUUGACCGUCCUGGCUAAUGUAGUACAUGCUUUGGGGAUUUCACUUAACUGGUGUCCCCCAAGGUACCAGCAUCACUAAUGGGGAACUGAACACAUGGGCCUGGGUGGGAGUGUGUAUGGUGCGCUUGGGAGCUCAGGGCGCCAUCAGCUUUCCCACACUUUGAUUCGUAAGCAGCAUUGACUAUGAUUUUAAAUAAAAUGGAGAAUUUCAGUUUAUUUGUUCAAUAAUAAAUUUAGCAGAGUCAGGAACUUUUAUUUUCCAGUAUGCAUGUGGGAGAAGAGGAAGGCGAUUUGACAGAGAAAAGUCGCUACUGCUUAUAAAGUUCAGGCAUCUACAGAAGUCAGCUACCGUCUUAUUCCAAGGCACUAAAAUUAAGACAGACAAUCAAAAUUACAUUGGGAAGAUUUCUUUUCUUUUCUUUUUUUUUUUUUGCAGAGCAUAAUUUCUAAAAUCAUUGAAAUAUUUGUUUAAAUUAUACUUCCAAAGACAGAUAUAUAUAAAAACAGUGAAAAACAAAUUGGUGACAGUUAUGAAUAUCCACACACAUCUCGAUUUACACUGGAAACAGGAUUGAUACUCUUGUAAAAGUCCUCAGUUUAACACUUUAUCAUAUACCGUGUUUCCCCAAAAACAAGACCUAGCCAGACAAGCAGCUCU